CCAAAAUCAACAACUUCAAACACCUUAACUACGUCAUCACAAUCAACCAUCUCGGCACAAGCAACAAAAUUAAACGUCUCAUUAGAGUUUAACUCUUUACCCAAAAAAAGAAAAGCUGCUAACCAACUUGAAAAUAUCCUUAAAAAGUUGGAUGACGCUAGAGAAAUAUAUAAUUCUGUUGAGGUUAAAAGUAAAGAGAAAAAGGUAUCAAAGAAAAUAGCAGAUUAUUUGGUUCAAAAAGCAAUUAGACAACUUUCAUCUGAAUUAUUUUAUGAGUAUAAGCAAAUAAGCAACAAAGAGGUGAAAAAGCAGCUCAAAGAUAAGUUGAAAAAUGAUAAAGAUUGUGCUAAGCAAUUACAAUAUUUGAAAGAAAAGAGAUUUUCAUUCAAUAAGUUGUGGAAUAAAAAAUUUUAUUCAGAUAUCAGUAUCG